AAGCGGCUGCAAAACGUAAACAGAGAGAGAGAGAGCGAGAGGAGGAAAAAAGGAAGGAAGAGAGGAAUAGUGUGCUUAUUUUGCCUCUCUCCCUCUCCAGGCCGUAAUAAAAGCAGUAAUAAUGUUUCCCUUGCUAGUGUCUCGCCUCUGGACCGCUGAGCCCAGCAUGGUGGAGACAAGGGAGGAGUCUGGCCUCUCCACUUUGCAGCCUCUCAACCCACCACCGCAUGCCACCACACAGCUCACAGGAGAGACUGAACAACUAGACAAAAAGCCACAACAACAAACAACCACAAACACAGCAGGAACGACAGUAAGGGGAACCAACACCAACAGCCAAAACAGCAACAGCAACCCAACAGGAGACCAGGAGAGCAGAACAGCAGCAGCAGGAGACAGCAGAACAGACGGAAGCACCUCAACAGCACCACCACAGCAGCACAUAGGCACAAUGCAGCUCAACGAGAGAAGAGGAGUGGAGGAGGGCGUAGAAGAGGGGAGGGAUGCGCUGGUGGUGGAGGCACGGGACUCAGGGCCAGUGCUGGAGGUGCUGCGGAAGGACAGGCGGGUGGUGGCGGUGGCGGGCGAUGGCUCCCUCCCCGCCGUGCUGUGUGAGGAAGCCGAGGGGGACCUGCACGAGAAGCCUGACUGGGUGGACCGGGACGUGGAGGCUCUGAGGGAGAUGGUGGAGGCAGAGCCGGGACUCAACUCUCGCCUCGACAAGCCCUUCCUGCUCUCCUUCCUCCGGGCACGAAAGUUUGACUACGACAAGGCAAUGGCCAUGGUCCGCAGUUACUAUCGUGCGCGGCAGGAGAACGCAGACAUGUAUGUGAACCUCGUCCCCUCAGCGCUGGACUCCGUGUGGCCGCUGCGCCUUCAGACUGUGCUGCCCAUGCCGGACCGCCUCGGCCGCACCGUUAUCGUCUUCAGGGCCGGUGCGUGGAACCCCGAGACCGCCGGCUUGGAUGAUGUGUUCCGCUCGCAGGUGGUGGUGCUGGAACAUGUGGUGCGGCUCCCCGUCACACAGCUCCGGGGUGUGGCGGCUGUGGUGGACUGUGCCGGCCUCUCCAUGGCCCACGCAUAUCAGCUCACCCCCACACACAUCAGGCGCAUGAUCUCCGUGAUUCAGGAGGUGUUUCCACUGCGAUUCAAGGCUCUCCACUUUGUGCACGAGCCGGCCAUCUUCGACUGGGUGUUCUCCUUCAUCAAGCCCUUCCUCUCCGACACCAUCAAGGGCAGGCUCCACUUCCAUGGCGAGGACAUGUCAUCACUCCACCAGCACAUCCCUGCGGAGGAGCUGCCCGAGGAGGUUGGGGGCACACAGGGACCCAUGGACAACACCUUCCUCGUGGAGCAGCUGAAGAGGAACGAGGAGUACUUCAAAGUGAGGGUGUCCAGGUCUGCCAGGCUCGGUGUUCCCUGCAAGAAAAAGUCCCGCUUCUGGCUUCCCUUGCGUCCCCGCCGGUGGCUCCGUCAAUAGAGCUGUGUGUGUUUAUUGCACCUCAAGUUGUUCUGGAAACCACUUCCAAUACGGGUUCGAGCCCUGCGAGGAGCCGGCCAGGGCGGGGGGAGUGCUGGAGGCCGUGACAGACAUGGGUUCCCUCCUCGGCAGCUACUACAGGCGCAUCUGCAUCGACUAGUGUUACCGACCGGGCACUGGUGAAGACUAGUGCUGUAGGGGAUGAGGAAGGAGGGGAGAACAAAUAUAUAUAAUGGAUGCAAGAUGGGUGUGAUUGUGUAGUGAUGUGAAGUGUGUGUAUAGGUGUGCACACAAAUAUAUAUAAAGGCUGGAAGAUGGGUGUGAUUGUGUAGUGAUGUGCUCUCUUGUUGUGUCUGAGGUGGUGUGUAUGUGUGUAUAGGUGUGCACGCAAAUAUAUAUAAAAGCUGGAAGAUGGGUGUGAUUGUAUAGUGAUUUGCUCCGUUCUUGUGUCUGAGGUUGUGGAAAUGUAUUGAAGUGAAGUUUAUAUAUGUGUGUGUAGAGGAGACGUGCGUGUUUGUGCGAGAGAUUUAAAGAGUUGUUAGGAUGCUGCUGGUCAUGUUGGCGAUUGUUAUCUUCUUGCCAUUGUUUACCGCUUUGUCUAUUCCAGCAUGUUUUGUGACCACUACCUAACAACCAUGACAACUAUUGCUACUACUAGUCACUGUUGCAAGAGGCUGUGUGGCUCCGUGGUACAAUGUUUUGCUUCUAACAAGGUGAAAGGCAGGGCAAGUGUUUAGUGAAAAAGAAAAGUGUUUGGAUAUUAUAUAAAGCAAAAUGUCUCUGCCGAAUUGACUCAUUGUGGCAUUUACUUCCAAAAGGCUGAUGUGGCCACAAGUGCCUCAAACUCACUCAAAGUCCAGAUAUGGGUUAGUCGCAGCUACAUUGCAAGUGACCAAAUUAGUUUAUCAGUAAUUAAUAUUAAGACAAUCAUAUACUAUUCUUACAAAUUUAUUAUAAUCAGUGAUGAAGCAAACUGACUCAGCCAAAUUGUAGCUAACCUCAUCAUUUUCUUGGAGACAAAUGCCAAAAAGAUGUGUGUGGGGACCUAUUUUUAACCUGGCAGCUGUCUUGUCUCUAUGUUUGAGCAGACAAUGUUUUAGAAUAAUGUAAAAGAUAUUAACCACACACUAGGAGAGAGGGUCACAUGAUGAUGGCAGUGAUGAUUAUGAAGACCCGUUAACUAGGCAACUAAAACUAAAUAGCUUCCUGUCCUGUACCAUGGAGCACCUGACCUUAAACGUUUCGACUACAACCAACAGCAAGGCAACCAUUAUUAACCACCACUACUGCUGUUUCUACUACUACCUUCACUGACCUAGAGACACUAUCAGAAUCAGGAAUACUUAACUUUACUUCUGCUUCUUUCAUACAUAACAUUCUGCUGCUUUCCAUACUGCUGCUGCUGCUGCUUGAAUGGGUCAGCAAUGCCUUAAGAAUGUUCGUGCAAUACUCAGGGACAAUACAAAAGUGUGAAGGAAAUUAUGUGACUGGAUGGUAAAAAUAAAUUGUAUAAUAGGUGUAGUUUAUAUAUUUUUUUUAUAUACUUAGUUAACCAAAAUUGGGAUGUUAAAAUAGUGUCAGAAAAGAGAAGGAAUUGGGAUAUAGCUUCAGGUCAUCUGUGUAACCAAAAUUGGGGUGUUAAAAUAGAGUCAGAAAAGAGAAGGCAUCAGGAUAUAGCUUCAGGUCAUCUAUGUAACCAAAAUUGGGGUGUUAGAGUAAAAAAAGAGAAGGCAUCAGGAUAUAGCUUCAGGUCAUCUAUGUAUGUAUGCUCACAGUUAUGUAGACCAAAUCCGCACACGUGUAUACAUAAGUGUCGGGAGAGGUGUGUGUGCGCAUGUGUAUAUACUUAUAAUACCUACACAACUACCUAUAGCAAUACUGAACAAUGCGAAUGAACUGUUGUCAAUGCAAAUGAACUAUUGAGUGCAGACAAAAGGCGCCAAAGCAACAGGGACAAAACUAAACGUGUAAUUUGCCAGAGAAGAAACUUUACAAAAAAACACAUAUAUACCUCAUGUUUCUUGUUCCUGAAAAGAGUUUAUAUUUACUUUUGUCUUCCUUCUCCUGACGUGUAUCUUGCCCCAGAAGCCGAGGGAAGGAGGUCUAUCGGUUACGGAGUUUAUCCCUCGUUGCAGACCUGAAAAGAACGAACAUUUUUAAGGGUCAAGUUUAGGACAUUUGUUAAAGUCAUCCUUGAUAUUUAACCCGUUAGCAGUGACGGGCCAAGUUUGUGGCUUUACCGUGUACCAGCGAUGGGAUGAUUUUUUCUCUUUUCUUGCUGAGAGGGGGACCUAUAAGAAACAUGGUCCCCACAGCUACCGGGUUAAUUGUUUCUCGUGUAAAGGCUUUAUUCAUGUGAGCAUCAAUAGUGUACAUUUCUGGCAAUCGGAGAGGCGGACGUCUUUUCAUAUUUGUAAAUCAAGGGAGGAAACUGACCUGUAUGUGUGUUUUGUACUUAAAAACAAACAGGGCAGUGUGUAUAUACAAUGCCUAAAGUUUUUAUAUACAUUAGUUAGCAAAGGAUAUGAGGCUAAGGCUGAGACCUUUUUCCUUUAAAUGUCAAAUAUGUAACUUUUAAGAGGGUUUCAACUAUUUUUAAAGAGUUUUAGGCUAAGGCUUCUUUUUACUAUUACAAAUGUAUCCGUGACUGUAGCUAAUACCUGUGGCUGCUCGCCUCUGUUACCCAUGUUAUGUGCAUACUAUCCCUUGCUUCCCUUUCUGUCCCUUCCUGUGUAUAUAUCCAGUUCACUUUCCACUCACCUUCUCCACCAUGCUCCCUCCUUCCCUCACACUCCCUUCCUCUUACUUACAUUCUUCCGUUCAUCCUUUUAUUUCUCCGUAAGCCCCUUCCACUUUCUCCCUCAUGCUCCCUCCUUUCCUCUUACAUUCUUCCUUUCAUUCUUUUAUUUCUUCGUAAGUCCCUUCCUCUUUUAUUCAUUCUCUCCUCCCCUCGGUAAACACACUUCCGUUCCUCCAGGUUCAGGUGUUGGUCGGGAAGCAUAGCCUUUGCAACGGCGCUUCCCUAUUUUGUUUCUCUUCUCAAUCAGUCAAGUUCCUCCGUUGGUGUUCCCUUUUCAUCCACAUCUCAUACACUAUUUUCUUAGCUUCUUUCAUCCAUUCUUCUCCAUCCUCUCCCCCUCUCGGUAGACUCUCUUCCUGCUACUUCCAUUCAUCCUUUCCUCCCCUUGAUGAGUCCCUCCCUCUUACUUCCACUCAUUCAUUCUUUCUUUCCUCCCACUGGUAAACUUGCAUUCCUCCAUUCAUUCUUUCGGUAGACUCUCUUCCUGCUACUUCCAUUCAUCCUUUCCUCCCCUUGAUGAGUCCCUCCCUCUUACUUCCACUCAUUCAUUCUUUCUUUCCUCCCACUGGUAAACUUGCAUUCCUCCAUUCAUUCUUUCGGUAGACUCUCUUCCUUUUGCUUCCUUUCUACCAUUCAUUUCACUUUUUCACUUCCCGCUUCCCCUUCACCCUCUCAUCCCCUCAACACCCAAGCCUUUCCCUUAAUCCGGCUUUAGAUGAACUCCUUCGUCCACAAACCAUCUUCAGCUCUGCCUUAUCAACUUACCCGAAGAACAGACCACAAAUGAUCAUAUAACCCGGGUGUCAGACAUGUACGUCAACACACACUAACAUGCCACUGACUCACUCACUCUCGGGUUGCCCCACAUUGCACUUCAUUAACUUUUCCAGCACAUUCCACAUCUAAGCAGCUCUUUACUUUCAUCUAUAUGCAAUUAGUGGAUAUCCAAUAAGCUUCCUUCCUUCAACUGGUGAGGUGUAAAGGGAUCAGAGCUUAGACAAUAACUUCCGACGGCUGUCAAAAUAAUUCCGUAACUGUAUCAAGGAGUGCAAGGCUUCCAGGAGUUGUUGGCUCUGCUAUGUACGACUUUUGUAAUCUUGCUAAUGGUUGGUUGUUGCCGCUGUGGUGGAGUGUGAGGACAAGAAGGGGAGUGUGUGAGUAUAAGGAUAGGUAGUGGGGUCUAAUGUUGAGGGUAGGUUGUGGAGUCUGUAAUAGUGAGGAUAGAUAGUGGAGUUUGUGGUGAUGAAGUGGGAGUGGAUGUGUGGCAGAAUGUUGGUUGUGAGGUUCAUGAGGUUGAUAGUGAGCUCGUAUUGGUGAUGGUAGAGGAGGUUGAUUGUGAGGUGGUGGUAGUGGAGGUUGAUGAUGAGGUGGUGGUAGUGGAGGUUGAUGAUGAGGUGGUGGUAGAGGAGGUUGAUGAUGAGGUGGUGGUAGUGGAGGUUGAUGAUGAGGUGGUGGUAGUGGAGGUUGAUGAUGAGGUGGUGGUAGAGGAGGUUGAUGAUGAGGUGGUGGUAGAGGAGGUUGAUGAUGAGGUGGUGGUAGAGGAGGUUGAUUGUGAGGUAGAUGAGGUUGAGGGCGAGUUUGUGUUGGUUGUGAAGUUGACGAGGUAGAUCGCGAGCUCAGGAAUUUGCAAGGAUAAGGUAUUGAGGCUUAAAAUAGAUGGUGAGUGUGAGGAUGAGGACAAGAAGGGGAGUGUGAGAGCAUGUAUAAGGCUAGGUAGUGGGGUCUGUUGCAAGGGUACGAAGAUGGAUGUUGUGAAGGGGAGGGGAGCUGGAGGAUGGAUCUGGAACGUCGAAAGGAAGUGGGCGGAAAGGUAGCUAAGCGUGAAGGAUGAUUGAACAUGGAGACAAGGAUUGGAACAUGACAGCUAGGGAGGGUAAGAAGCAUCAAAAGAGAUAGUCAGGUACUUUAGAGCUAGCAGAGUCGGUGGCCAGUGGAGAUUGUUAACUUAGAGGGCAGUGUGCUGGGUGUUAGGAAAAGGGAUUUGUCUAGGAUAGGGUUGAAGAAUGAUUAGACAGUGGUAUGGAAGAUAACUGUGGGUAGUGGGCAGUGGAGAUGAAGGGAAAGUUAGAAGGCAGUGCAAAGUGUUUGGGAGAGAGAUUAGUAAUAAGAGGGAUUUGUCUAGGAUAGGGUUGAAUAAUGAAAGAGUGGUAUGGAAGAUAACUGGGUAGAGGGCAGUGGAGAUGAAGGGAAAGUUAGAAGGCAGUGCAAAGUGUUAGGGGAAGAGAUUAGUAAUAAGAGGGAUUUCUCUAGGAUAGGGUAGGAUAAGGAUAAGAUAGUGGUGAUUGAAAGACGACAGUGGUGUGUGUUAAUGUUACAAAGAGCAACUAUAGCAGCCUCAAGUUCAUCGCAACGCAUCGCCACAAUGUUAAAAAUCUAUACCAAUGCACAAAAAUAAUCUGCGCGACAUUCAAAAUAAGAAAAUGCAAUCCUUAGUGUGAUACUACUUAUAGCCAUGGUUUUUGUAUGUCAAAGAUUUAAAUAGGUUAUCCAUGUGGUGUGUUAUAUAUAUGUUGGACAGAUUGUUCAGAGUUUAUAUAUAAAUAGUGUAAUAAUGUAAUUCACAGAGUAAGGGCGAGUUCAGGCAACUCAUCCUUGUUUACAAAUGUUUCAGUGUUUUAUACAUAUAUAUAAAAAAGUAAUUGUU